UCUUGUUCCUACCAGAUCAGAUUCGUUGCUAGUAAGACUCUCGUGAUGUAUUCCGGAUUUGUCGUACUCGCCGUUUGUGAGUUGGCCAUAGCCGCCAGCAUUAAUAACCCACCGAGUAACACACUUCCGACUUCGAAUUAUCCGGAAGAAACCCAGAUUCUAAACAACAAGCCCGUGGUGAAUCUCGCUGCAGUCGUUGUUUUUGCUGAAACUGGAAUGCCAUUCUCGGAGGAAGACGCGAAGACUUCUCUCACACCAAGUAGAGUGAAGAGAGCUGUGAGUAAUAUUCCGAAUAUAAUCAAGACUAGGCAGAUCGAAUCUACGCCCAAGGUGAUGCCCUCGUACAUUAAGAAUGCGUCACCACGAGUUCCUGGUAUAUCGGCUGCUGAUGUCCAACCUCCUCCUCCUCCUCCUCAGGCAUUCCGAGCAGCCCAUAACUAUUUCCGCUGGCUCGCUGAACUUUUUGAAUGAAAAACAGACGGAAGAAGUUAUAAUUUAUAACAAGAAAUACUUAGUCAAAUAUAUUAUGUAGUGAUUUCAA